CAUCAUCAUCAUCAUCAUAUCAUCAUAUUCAUGACAGGAAAACCCACCAUUGCCUGUCCAAUUGCACCAUCAGCAGCAACAACUCGCCAAGGCGCCAACUUUCGGCGGAAAAGAUUACAACACUCCCGGACAUAUUCCUCCCCAAAUCCCUCCACCUUCAUCUGCGCCGUCCAUUAUAUUCCCACUGACAGAAACUUUCUCGCUGGGAAUCCAUGGCAGAGCCAACCAGGACCGUCCAUUUCAGAAUCAACUGAAGCUACAAAAGUGGAGGCAAUAGCCUCGACGUUUGCACUGCCUUGUCCCUACGACUCGUCUUGGAAUUUUCAUGCGCUCUCUCUCUCCCUCUCUGUAUAUAUAUACCUGAUUCGCCGGCUCUUUCUGUUUGUCCUCUUCUCUCUCAACUUCUCCUUCUCUUCUUAGGAUUAAUAAUCCAAACCUAGCUACCAAUCAAUCAAUCCACGGAAGAUAGGCUUUUCUUGGUUUCAUUGUUGUUCAGCUUCUUGAUCUUUCGUGAAAUACGAAUCGAAGGUAGAAAUGGGAAGAAAGAGUGGGAGGGUUUCAAGAAUCGGGAGCUAUGCGAUUGCCUCUUCGAUUUCGGGUCCGGCUUCCAUUUCUUGCACCACCUUCAACAUUCUGGCCCCCAUCUACAAGAGACUCAACAAAGAGGACCAGAGUUGCAGGGAAAGUGAUAUCAGGGCGUAUUGGCUGGACAGGAAUCAUAGGAUAUUGGAUUGGUUGUUGUACGAGAGAUCUUCUAUUAUUUGUCUCCAGGAGUUUUGGGUUGGGAAUGAAGAGCUUGUCGACAUGUAUGAAAGGAGGCUGGGUGAUGCUGGCUAUGCCAAUUUCAAGCUUGCCCGCACAAACAACCGUGGUGAUGGCUUGCUGACGGCUGUGCAUAAAGACUACUUCAGGGUCUUAAACCAUCGAGCCUUGCUAUUCAAUGAUAUUGGAGACCGUGUUGCUCAGCUAUUACACGUUGAAUUGAUUCCACCUUUUUCGCAAUGUCGAAGCCAGAAUGUUCGAGAUGAAAUCCUCAUUGUGAACACUCAUCUAUUGUUUCCACACGAUUCGAGUUUGUGUUUGGUACGAUUGAAUCAGGUGUACAAAAUCUUGCAGUAUGUUGAAGCUUAUCAGAAAGAAAACAGGCUUAAUCCUUUGCCCAUCAUGCUCUGCGGUGACUGGAACGGGAGCAAGCGAGGGCACGUUUACAACUUUCUUAGGUCUCAGGGAUUCGUUUCAUCAUAUGAUACUGCUCAUCAGUAUACUGAUGCAGAUGCGCACAAGUGGGUUAGUCACCGUAACCAUCGGGGAAAUAUCUGUGGUGUUGAUUUCAUCUGGCUUCUUAAUCCUAAUAAAUAUCGUAAAUUGCUGAAAACAAGCUGGACUGAAGCAGUUUUUAGCAUGUUCAAGUAUCUGCUUCGGCGAGCCUCGCUCACAGAGAAUGAUGCAUUUGCCUUUUUGAAGGCUGACAGCGAUGGUGAUUACAUUACUUACUCUGGCUUCUGUGAAGCAUUACGUCAGCUUAAUUUGGUCGGCCAUCUCCAUGGAUUGAGUGGCGAAGAGAUAAAGGACCUCUGGGUGCAAGCAGACCUUGAUGGCAAUGGUGUUCUGGAUUACAUAGAAUUUCAGCGAAUUUGGAAUCCUAACCAGUCGGUGCCAGACGACGCUAUAUGUGGGGAUGAGCUCUGGGAAGAAGACGUGGAGAAUGAGGAGGAGCAAACCAUUGGUUUCAGCGUAAAGAAUGCAGUUCUUUUCCCUACUGAAGUGGAGAAAGGAAUGUGGCCUGAAGACUACUCCCUUUCAGAUCAUGCCCGACUGACGGUGGUGUUCUCACCGGUAAGAAUGCCAUGCGCUUCGCUGAUUUCUUGACAAACAUCUAGCGCCAUUUUACAUUUCAAUACAAGAAGGAUGGAAGACAGGACAGAAAGAGGAAGGGGCCGCCAAAGGGCAGAGAAAGGGAUAGAACUCUUUAUCUUAAUCUUGAUGCAGAGGGGGCCGUGGUUCACGAUGAUAUAGCACAGGCUCAGCAGAGUUGGGAAUGCCAUAUCCCUUGUCAGCAGCAGAUUUGGGAAUGCCACAGGCUGGACCGACUUCUCAGCUGAGAGUUGAUCUAGCAGCCUCUUCUCCUCCGAGUAUAAUAGCAGAAAGAGAAGAAGCCGGAAACAGACAACCGCCAGCGGAUUGGUUGGAUCAGCUCCGCUGGGGAAGAUAACAAAUCGAAAGGAACAAAGUCAAUGCAGAGGCAGUAGAAAUUGCUGUAUUGUUGCUGUAGGAAUCAUGCAUGUUCGUUCCCAUUGUUACGUACUUUGGUGGUACCUCAAAGAUGAUACUUUGCUUGCCAAAGAUUCUUGUAUUUUCGUAGUAGUAAUCCAGCAUGCUUUCUGUUA